AUGCAAAAAGCAAUAAGGCCAUACGAGUCAUCGUGGACGAAGACCAUACCGGGCAAUAGCAUCUUCCGUCCAAAGGAUGAAGAUAAACCAUCAUCAUUGUCAUGGUUAACAUCAUCACCGUCAUCAUCAUCACAAAAGCCAUCAUCUUUAAGCACUAAGAAAUCUAGCAACGUAUUGGUGAUGGAGAAUGCUGUAGUGGUGUUUGCAAGGAGAGGCUGUUGUAUGGGACACGUGGCGAAGCGGCUGCUACUGACACAUGGCGUGAACCCAUUGGUAGUUGAGAUUGAUGAAGAAGACAAAAACGACGACAUUAUCUUAGGAGAGAAAUUACCAGUCAUGUUCAUAGGAGGGAAGUUGUUUGGGGGGUUGGAAAAUCUGAUGGCUGCUCAUAUUAACGGUGAUUUAGUGCCUACUCUCAGACAAGCUGGGGCUUUAUGGCUUUGA